UCGAGACCAUCAAGAUGAGACUAUCAAGAUGACUGCCAUCGAUAUCCCCCUCACGGACAAUCUGGGGUACACGGCGCUGCUGCAGAUCUGCCUAGCCUGAAAUGGCUAGGCAAAAUGCGGGGUGGGUACCGUUUGGAAAUUGGACGUCUUGUCCUGCUUGACUUCCCUAUUUCACUCAACCAAGACAUCCCCAAGCAUGAGUGGCAUGACCAAGCCGGGUCCCGAUUGCGCCGGGAGGCGGAAAAGAGUACAAGUAUCCAAGGCCUGCCACCGAUGCAGGAGAUUGCAAAAGGGCUGCAGCGAGACCAGGCCAUGCCAGCGAUGCGUCAGGGUCGGCUUAGAGGACCAGUGUAGCAGCACUGGGCGGAAAAGAGGCGAAGAACGGGCGCAGCAACCCCUUGACGGAAGAGCCUGGUUGUCCUACCCGCAGCUACCGGCAAGUCUCUCUCCAGAAACCCUCUACGCCACCAAUCCCCUUGUUGGGCGCCUAGACGUAGAGCAGCCGCGAUGUUUGCCUCCAAACUCUGUCGUCAUUCACUGCACCCGGGCCUUUUUCGCAAGGCUAUAUCCGACGAUCCCUAUUCUGAGCAACGAGUAUGUCGACAUGUUGGUUGAGGAGGCAGAGUCGAUAGAGUCGCCCCGGUGCGACGAAGCGCAAUGCCUGCUGACGGCUCUCUGUGCCGUGGUCCUCAUCCAAGUCGAAGCACCAGCCGCGCGCCUGUUCGAGGCUGACGGCAUCCUCAAUACCAACGCCGAUUUCGGCAGGAUCCUGUUCGAGAAGGCCAUGGCGGCCCGCAACCGUCUCUCAUUGCGCUUCAACCCAUGCUUGGAACGAGCCCUUGCAACAUUCUUUCUCUAUGCCGGACACGCAUCGCUCUUCCACCACAGUCAGGCCUUUUGCUUCCUUCGAGAGGCUGCCACUCUUUGGAUGGUGCUACGCGUCGAUGAGCGGGACGUUCUACGGCGUAGACUGGCCGACAGACUGUUCUGGGUCAUCUUGAUAUCAGAGCGUGCCCACGGGAUCCGAUACAGGCGGCCACUCACAUUGCAAGUCACCCCGUCACAACGGCCCGAUCUGGGUGAUAGCGAUACCGCUACAUCCGCGGACGACUUGAGUUUAUCGGGGCUGCGGUGUUUGGUAGCUCUCUUCUACCCCCUAGACACGACCUUCUUUGCGUUGCUGAACCAGGAGAGCACACCAGCGUUGGCAUCGUCGGCCCUCCUCAUUCCGUUGCUGGACGGCAUCCAGGCUUCCAUUCGAAACGCCCUCGAGCCACAGCAGACCAAGGUACUCUGCGAAACACAGCUAGCUAACCUCAGGGUCACUCAGCUCUGGUUACUGGUCAUUCUCUGGCAGCUCAGGCUGCGUUUGGGACUGCUUGUCGAGGAGCCCGGAGUGCCGUGCCACCUCGCAUUCCACUAUCCCGUGGAGGUGGGUGACGAGUUGGUCGGUGUCUUGCGGACAAUGUCUCUGGAGAGCAUGCGUGUCCACGGUGUCGGCAUCAACGAGAAGAUCUUUGACGUCGCGUGCGCCAUGGCAGAUGUUCUGUCUCGCGUGCUAACUGUUAAGGAUAGCGGCGGCGCGUCCGCGUUAGAAAAUAUACGCUGUCUCCGGCGGCUUAUCCAUCACCUUCCGGGCGGAGAAUCGACGUACGAUGCACUGCUGGACGAGCACAUUAGCAAUACGCUGCCGAACAUGCUGGACAAUGACCCUGGUUCCGGCAAGGCGUUUUGACUCGAGAGCAGGACUUUCAGGCUACGCCACGCAGUGAUUUGGUCCAGUACUCCAAAGACAAGACAGAUUUGGCGAGUCGAGAAAAUGAGCACGCCGGCCCGCUGCACUCAAGUAUCAUUGAUUACGAGU